AAUAUAAAAUGGCAUUAAACCAAUCCAGAGAUUUAGUAGAUAAAUUAGAGAGAGAAAAAACAGAUGCUCUGACAAGAUUAAGUAAGGAAAUGGGCAACAAGUUGAAUGACAAAAACCCCAACAUCACAGAUCUAAGUGAUUCUAACCGUCCAACAAAGAUUGCUGAGAAGUACAACGAGCUUUAUGACAAUGAAUGGACAGAUGCCCUGGAGUUCCUCACAAAUGAAGUGUACCAAGAAGAGAGUGCUAUAAAAGAACUACUGGAUUUAAUACAGGCUGCCUAUUCUUUCUGUAAAGAUGCAGCAGUGCAUCAGAUGGAGAACCUGAAAAAAGCUUUGACUAAUGUGAGCAGUUUACCGCGAGAUGCCUCAGUUGUGGAGUACAGCAUUGAUCCCCAGACAGAAAAAAUGUUGGAAGAAAUAAGAAAAUCCCAAAAGAUGUCUGCAGAGACUUUGUUUAAGGAAUUUGAAUAUAGUACAGGUUUCAAAGCUGUGUAUAAAAGACUUCCACAGUACACAGUCAAAUGUUUGGAGAUAUGCUGGUUAAUGCAUAUGCAUAAUCCUCCUGUGGUCUUGGGGAAGCCCCCAGCUGAAGGUUCCCCACUGGACAACAGUAUGUACAAAGAAUACACAAAAACCGGGUUUACUGUCCAGUAUGUGGUAUGGCUUCCUCUUCUACUGCAUGAAAAUGGUGCUCUACUGCAGAAAGGAGUAGCACAGCCUCAUCCGAAAGAUAAAUCUGUCCGCCAAAGACGUACCAAGACAGAAGAUAAUGACAGGGCAUCUCAGUACAGUAGCAGAUAUCAUCAUUCAGAUGAGAAGGCGCCUUUGGAAACAAAUGUUGAUGACUUUUUUAAGCAACCAGAUAGAACUCACAGGAGUACCACUAAAAGCCAUUCAAGGGAAACAACUCCAGCAACAGUCUCAUCCAGUUACAUGGGUUCAGACAACUACAAGUACCUGUAUGGUGAAAACACAGGAAAUCAUACAACAAAUGUUACCCCAAAACAGCAGCCUACAAGUACAACAGCUACCAGCAAAGUCUUACUCUAUCCAACUUCUUCUUCAUCAGCAGUGCCAAGAACACACACAAGUUCAAGUAGAACUUCAACGGGAAACUUUAGAGCAAACUAUAGUUCUCCUGUUGGUGAUCCCUACUAUAACACACCAACGAUGAAAACAAUCAAUGGUCGGGAAUAUGUAAAAUACAAAGGGCAAUAUUACACAAUGGCCCACUGGAGUUCACUAGGUUCUGGUAGCUCUGAUGCAUAGAAAUUCUAAAUUGCAUGUUGAUUUAUUUUGUUUUAUAGAAGAUGUUUACCAGUUGGAAUUUUAAAAAUGUUAAUCAGUAGUAUUUAACAAAUGUAGAUUUUAAUUUUACAUAUCAAUUGUGAUUAUUAUCAAAUAAAAUUUUUAUUUCUU